AUGGAUUUUGAAGGAGAACCUAUAAAGCUAACCAUAAAUUCAGAAUAUGCUAAAACAUAUGAGGUGAGAAAAAGAGGUGAAGAACUUUCAAAACUCAAAGAAAAGUAUGGUGAUAUAAGCGAUGAAGAUACUGAUAGUUCUUCAACUUCUGAAGAAGAGGACGAAUUUGGUGAAUUAGUUACUCCUGAAGUAGACGCACAAAUAAUGAAAACGAUUGUCGCGAUAAAGUCAAAAGAUCCUAAAGUUUACGAUUCUCAGUCAAAUUUCUUUGCAGACGAAGAGAUACAAAAAGCUCAUCAACAAUGGUUGGAUAAACAACAAAAGAAAAAGUCAGAGGCAAAGCCUAUGCAUUUAAAAGAUUAUCAUCGUAAAAUAUUAUUGGAAAAUGGUGGUAUAAUAGCUGAAGAAUUAAAAGCAGAAGAGGAAGAUUAUCAAAAUUUCUUAUUAGAAAAUAUGGCAGAUACCAAGGAUGUCGAAAUUCUUAAACAAUGGCAGAACUAUAAGAACGAUCCAAACAUAAAUGAGGACGAAGCCUUUUUGAUGGAUUUUAUCCUUAAACGAGGUUGGAUUGAUAAAGAUUCUGAUAAAGUUCCGUCAUAUGAUGAACUUAUUGCAGAACACCACGAUGAGGAAGAUGAGAAAUUCGAAGAAGCCGUCGAUCAAUUCGAGAGCAAGUAUAAUUUCCGCUUUGAAGAAGAGGGAAGUACUAAGGUAGUUACAUAUGCUCGUAAUCUUGAAGGAUCGAUGCGAAGAACCGAUAAUAAACGUAAACUUCAACGUCAAGCGCGUUCCGAAAGAAAAGAGGAGGAGAAAAAGCGUAAAAUAGAAGAAUUAAAGAGACUCAAAAAUCUCAAGAAAAAAGAGAUUUUUGAAAAAUUACAGAAAAUUAAAGAAAUAACAGGCAAUGAUACUGUUGGUUUUGACGACGUUGACCUUGAAGAAGAUUUCGAUCCUGAUAAAUAUGACAAAAAAAUGAAUAAAGUUUUUGAUGACGAUUAUUAUGCAGAGGCUGAUAACGAAAAGCCAGAGUGGAGUGAUAAUAUCAAUGUAGACGAUAUUGUAUGUAACAACAGUCAAAAUAUUGAUUCUAUAAUAAAUGCUUUUAAAGAAUAUAAUGAUGAUCAAGAACUUGAUGAAGGUGGUAUUGGAGAUGAUGAUUUUAUAAUGGAUGCAGAUUAUUUACCCGGAGGAGAAAAAUAUGAUGAAACUAAAUCCAAGAAAAAGAGAUCGGAUAAAAGAAAAGAAGCGAUCGAAGAAAAAAAGAAAGCCAAGAAGAAAUUUGAUGAAUAUUUGGAUGAAUAUUAUCAAUUAGAUUAUGAAGACAUAAUUGGUGAUACACCUGUAAGAUUCAAGUAUAGGCAAAAUAAACCUGUUUCAUUCGGUUUAACACCUGCUGAAAUAUUAUUAGCGGAUGAAAAAGAUUUAAAUGAAUUUGUAUCAUUAAAAAAAUUGGCACCAUAUCGGCCCGAACAUGUUAUAGAGAAUGAUUUAAAAAAAUAUUCUAAAAAGAAAAGAUUAAGACAAUUUCGUAAAAAAUUAGAACUUUCGGAAGAACAAAAUCCACCAGAAAAUAAUUCCUGGAGUAUAAAAUCAAUUAAACGUAAAAUUAAUGAACAAAAAGAAAGAGGAAAAAAAUCAGAUGAAAAAAAUAAUAAAAAAGUCAAAAAUGCAUGA